CACACCUACCGCUUUGUUUGCGCAUUCAAUGCUGUGGGGAAGAGACAAGUCUUGUUAUCAAAUGGGCUUUUAGGAUAAGGAUGAUUUCUGUAUUUACCGCGUGCUAGAGCGAAGCUAAUCCCACCUCCCAUAGUUAUUUUUUUCUCAUUAUAUAUAGCCGGGCCUUCCUCCUGCUGCUGCUCUCACCACCUUUUGUUCUUGAAUUUUGGGUCUCUGGCGCUUUCUUGGAAAAGCAUUUUCCUGGUCUUGGUUCUUGUUGGAUUGUGAAGGAUGGACGCUCAUCAUGCUCUUCAUUUCACGUUUGGGAUUUUUGGAAAUGCUACCGCUCUGUUCCUCUUCUUGGCUCCACUGAUUACUUUCAAGAGAAUCAUUAAAAGCAAAUCUACGGAGCAGUUCUCAGGAAUACCGUACGUCAUGACCUUGCUCAACUGCCUUCUCUCUGCUUGGUAUGGCCUUCCAUUUGUAUCAAAGAACAACAUACUGGUGUCCACCAUCAAUGGCACUGGAGCAGCCAUUGAAAUCAUAUAUGUGCUCACCUUCAUCGCAUACUCAAUCAAGAAGGAGAGGGCUAAGAUACUAGGCCUAUUCAUCUUCGUGCUUUCUGUGUUUGGGGUCGUCGUCUUCGUCUCCCUCUUCGCCUUGCAUGGCCAUAGCAGGACGCUCUUCUGUGGUUUGGCCGCCACCAUUUUCUCCAUCAUCAUGUAUGCAUCACCUCUGUCCAUCAUGAGAAUGGUGAUCAAAACAAAAAGUGUAGAGUACAUGCCCUUCUUCUUAUCACUGUUCGUGUUCCUCUGCGGUACUUCCUGGUUUGUCUUUGGCCUACUCGGUAAAGACCCCUUUGUCGCGGUGCCGAACGGCUUUGGGUGCGGCCUAGGGGCGAUGCAGCUGAUACUGUACGCCAUCUACUGCAACAAAGGCAAGUCCAAGAAUCUGGCCGCUGCAGACAAGCCGGUGGACAUGGAGCUUGGGAAGCCCCAGCAAGAGAAGCAAUCCAGGGCGCAAAAUGGAAACGUCUAGAGCCACAUGGGCGGAUAGGGUUAACAAACCUGGACUUCCUGGGCUCUGUUUCAAUUACUAGUGACUUUUUUGCCUUUUUCUUUUUUUGGUUUAGCGUUGCCUUUCUGCUGUAUCUCGAAUGUCUAAUGACCAAGCCUCAAAUGGGCUACCAUAAUACACAAGUAGAAUGUUUGACUGAUUUUCGCUUUA